AUGUCAGAAAUAUCUCGGCUUAAAAAAUAUGUACAAGAAAUUCAAUCAUUCAAACAACAUGCAAAGAAUCAAACCGUAAAUACAGGAGUACAAACUAAUGAAGAUUUGAUCCCAGUAGGAGGAGGAGGAAGAGGAGAAUCAGUAAAAGCAGCAAUGAAUAAAAGAAACGGUGAUAGUGAAUUGACUACAAUUAAUAACUCUUUAUAUUCAAAUGAAAGUCUCCUGAAGCAAAUAGAAGCUCUUCAUCAAGAACGAACUAGUUUACGCUCUUGCCUCUCUCAACAACUUUCUUCUAUUCGAAAAUUGCAACAGGAGAAUUUAGCUUUAUCUGAUUUACUAACAAAUGCAGAACAAUUUAAUCGUACAAAUUUAAGUUGUGCUACAAACUUGACUUCUACACCAUCAAUCAAUUAUUUAAGUAGUAUUGAUGGUCAAUACGAAUCACUUCAUUGCUUCAAAGGAGUUAAUAAUAACAAUAUGGUCGCUGAUGAGAGAAAUAAUAAUUCUGAAGUUGAUGAAACACUCAGUCAAAUGACAAAAUCUCGUUCAAAUUCUCGAGGUGAAUUUCGUACCAGCAAUAUAAAUUCGCCAACUGUUUCUUCUACUAAUGAUGUAGCACCCUGCAAAAAUGUGAAAAUGUCUGAACUAAUGACUAUGAAUGAAAUUUUCAGAAGAAAUGGUCAAGCGAAACCAGUCGAUUCGUCGAGUAAAUUAAGCGAAGCAACACGUAAACCAGUACCACCUCUACGUUUAUCUGCUUCACCAUCUCCCUCAGCUUUAGUGAAAGUUGCAGAUAGUAAUCAGAAUUCAUCAAAUGGGAAUGAGAUGACCAAUUUACAUCAAUCUGAAAAUGUUACUAGUUACGAACGUGUUUUAUCAACAAAAACACCACCACCACCAUCGGUGACUGAAACACAGAACCUUUUCAACACCAAUAAAUUAUCUGCUGGUGCACUACAAAACACAUAUCGAUUGAACAGUUCGGAGGAUUCAAAUACCCAAUCAAUAAGAAUUGUGGCUACAACUGUUCCACAUUUUUCUGUAACCAGUAAACACAACACAUCUUUUAUUGAUUUACAUUCUCAGAGUUAUCAAUUAAACAAUGGAGCAAAUUUGUCUCAAUUAUCAAAUGAAGAGACUUCACUGAAUCAUUGUCCAUACAAUUCAACAAUUCUAAAAUCUUUGCAAUCAUCGACACAAUCAACUUCUCCAUCACUCUCUCAUGGAUUGUAUUCAUCAAAUUUCAACAAUUCAAAAGUCAAUCAUACCAAUUUACACACCGGAAUAGGUGAUGAUGGUAAUCACGAAAAAGUUGAAGAAGAAAAUGAAGAAUACGACAAUGACGGUGAAGAAGAUACAGAGGUGUAUAAUUUAGCCGCCAAAUUCUUAGCAGAUGAACAAAAGCAUUCAGCAUUAUUAGAAGAACAAAUUGAUGCACAUUUAAAAGAUUUAAAGGAGUAUGCUGCCACUUUAAACGGAUUCUGUUAG